GCCAGACAACUAAUAUGCCUUGCCAGACAUCUCAAUAUCAUCACAGAGCAAUCUAAAUAUACACAACUACUUCACAAUUUCACCAGAAAGACAACUAUCUUCACAUUACAGACAAAUCAAAUGGAAUGCCAGACAACUCUUUUCACUUCACAGACAACUAAAAACCAAUUUUCAACAAACAAAAAUACAACAAAAAAACUAUGAGAGCAUUCAACUUCGAGAAUCUUCAAACACAGGCAACUCUUUCCAAGUUGAGCAGCAAAUGGGGCAAAUCAGGCUGCCUUGUUUCUUCACAUGUGCAGCAGCUCUUUCCAGACAGACAUCUUAUGUAAGAUUCCACCAAUUGUGAAACUAUGCUCAGCUAGACAGACGUUGCAAUUCAAAUUUGUCUGUCAGACAGACAACUGUUUUUCAUGUGGAGUUGGACAAAAUAAUACCAAAAAUGAGGAAAAAAGACCAUGGCGUGCGAGGGCUCAGCUGCUCCAGCCGCUAGCUCCUCUUUCCGUCCAGUCGCCGCUCGCUCCCCUCUUUUCACUAGAUUUUGAAGCUAACAGAUCUGAACCAAAGCUAACAGAUCUGAACCAUCACAUGUAUGUUUCGAAGUUAUGUUCGCUGGAAUUUGAAAGUUUUGAACUGAAAUUACAAGUUGGUGCAGAAGGUGUGGAAGGUUUUUAAAUCUGAUCGGUACUGAAAUUACUGGGACGGCGGUCAGGUGUCGCCGGAGAAGAUGACCGGCUUGCCACCGGACCUGCUUGGGUAUUCGCCGGAACCAAGCAGGGGGCUUAACUGAGGGAAAUGAAAGGGAGAUGAAAGGGAGAAGGGCUGGCUGGAAAAGAGAGAUGAGGGGGAAGGAAGAUGAGGAAGUGGGAGUAAAUUUUUGGGAGGGUAUUUAUAUGGGGUAGGAAAUGGGGUAAUUAUGAGGUACCUAUAACAAAAUUGUUUUUAAUAAUAAUCUUAACGAGGCGGCAACCCAUCAUGGAUCCCUGUCCUUUCGUGCGAAUCAACAUCGGGAACUUAGCGUUGAAGUUUCCGUCCCAAUCAAAACCGCCCGGCGGAUUCUUGCUACUGUAAAUUCAAGCUCUGCGGUGGCGGGUUCGCCACUCAGUUCUCGACGCUGCCCGUAAUCCAUGGAGAAACCGACGCCGCUGUGGAGAGCCGGAUUCACACGUGCUAUACCCUGAAAAAUCCGAUCUUGAAAAGCUGAACGGGAAGGGGAGAACCACUUGCAGUUUGAAAAUCGUCGUUUUCGCCGAAAGGGGUGCGGUAGGGUGCGCGCUUUUGAAGGGCGCGAAGCGAUUGGGCGGCGCCGUCGUGAAUUUGGAUUUGAAGAUGAUUGCGUCGGCGGUUAGCCGCAGAGGCGUUCUGUUCCAGAACGGGUGGGUGGCGAUUGGCGGUUCUACGGCCGCCCAGCUUCACAUUAAUGUACAGUCGGAGCCCGACCCGAGAUUUGUUUUCCAGUUUGACGGAGAACCCGAAUGUAGUCCCCAAGUCUUUGAGGUCAACGGGAAUGUGAAACAGCCCGUUUUCUCUUGCAAGUUCGGCCUCAGAAGCGGCGGAGAUUGGAACUUGAGAUACAGAUCUUCACUUUCAGAACAGAGCACUUCAACGAGCUGCUUUAGUGGUUCAGGGGAGUGGGAAAAGGGUGGUCAAUCACCGGUGGAUGGCACAACCACAAGGGCUACACGGCUUGUCCAUU